UGGCGGGCCGCGGCGGCGGCGGCGGCAGCGGCGGCGGCGGCUGCGAUUGGCUCAGGCGCCCCAUCCGGGGACUGGGCUCGGCGCUGCUCGUUCGCCCUAAAGGUACCAAUAUGGCGGAGGCUUCUUUUGGAAGUUCGAGCCCAGUUGGGUCUCUGUCUUCUGAGGAUCAUGAUUUUGACCCCACUGCUGAGAUGUUGGUCCAUGACUAUGACGACGAAAGAACUCUUGAAGAAGAGGAAAUGAUGGAUGAGGGUAAAAACUUCAGUUCUGAAAUUGAAGACUUGGAAAAGGAAGGAAAUAUGCCUUUAGAAGACCUACUGGCAUUCUACGGCUAUGAAUCUACAAUUCCGACGGUUACAAAUUCCAGUGCCAACAGCCCCCCAAGUGAACUUGCAGAUGAACUACCAGACAUGACUCUAGACAAAGAAGAAAUAGCGAAAGACCUGUUGUCGGGUGAUGAUGAGGAAACCCAGUCUUCUGCAGAUGAUCUGACACCGUCCGUGACUUCUCAUGAAACUUCGGAUUUCUUUCCUCGGCCUUUGAGAUCAAAUACUACCUGUGAUGGAGAUAAGGAGUCAGAGAUUGAGGAUGUUGAAACGGACAGUGGUAACUCACCUGAGGACUUGAGAAAGGAAAUAAUGAUCGGUUUACAAUAUCAGGCAGAAAUCCCCCCUUAUCUUGGCGAGUACAGUGGUGAGGAGAAAGCAUAUGAAAAUGAAGACCAGUUACUGUGGCGUCCUGAUGUGGUUUUGGAGAGCAAAGUCAAGGAGUACCUUGUUGAGACAUCGUUAAGAACUGGAAAUGAAAAAGUCAUCGACAGAAUUUCUUCAGGCACGCACACCAGGGACAAUGAACAGGCAUUAUAUGAACUUCUCAAGUGUAACCACAACAUAAAGGAAGCAAUUGAAAGAUACUGCUGUAAUGGAAAGUCAUGUCAAGAAGGAAUGACCGCGUGGACAGAAGAAGAAUGCCGAAGUUUUGAACAUGCACUCAUGCUUUAUGGAAAAGAUUUUCAUCUUAUACAGAAAAAUAAGGUGAGAUCGAGAACCGUUGCUGAAUGUGUGGCCUUCUACUACAUGUGGAAGAAAUCAGAACGCUACGAUUACUUUGCUCAACAGACAAAAUUUGGAAAGAAACGCUAUAACCAUCACCCUGGAGUUACGGACUAUAUGGAUCGUCUCGUAGAUGAAACAGAGUCUCUAGGAGGUACAGUAAAUUCUUCAGCCUUAACUUCUAACCGGCCUGAGCCCAUUCCUGAUCAGCAGCUGAACAUUCUCAGCUCCUUCACUGCCAGUGACUUGACAGCUUUGACCAACAGUGUAGCAACUGUCUGCAACCCCACAGAUGUGAACUGUCUGGAUGAUAGCUUUCCUCCACUGGGAAACACACCCCGUGGACAAGUCAAUCAUGUGCCUGUUGUAACGGAAGAGUUACUCACCCUGCCCAGCAAUGGUGAAAGUGAUUGUUUUAAUUUAUUUGAGACUGGAUUUUAUCACUCAGAUCUAAACCCUAUGUGCAGCGAAGAAUCGGAAAGACCAGCAAAGAGAUUGAAAAUGGGCAUUGCUGUCCCUGAAUCCUUUAUGAAUGAGGUUUCUGUAAAUAAUUUGGGUGUAGACUUUGAAAAUCAUACACAUCACAUCACCAGUGCCAAAAUGGCUGUCUCUGUGGCUGACUUUGGCAGUUUGUCUGCCAAUGAGACCAAUGGAUUCAUCAGUGCCCACACUCUGCAUCAGCACGCCGCCCUUCAUUCGGAGUGACGUAAUGAGGAGCCCCGAGACAGUGGGUGUGUGGCCCCAGUAAACUUGAGGGGAGCUAUCAGGUUUGCCUAGUCUUUCACUGGAAGUUUGAACCUUUUCACUAUGACAUCAGUGAUGUCAGUAUGUAUAGAACUAUAUCUUGAUUUAUCAAGAGUAUUUUCAUUUUUCAAUCCAGAAAUGUGGAAAUGAACUAUGAUCAGCAGAGUUGGGAACUAGGAUUGAACUCUGUGGUGCAGCUUUAAGCUCUGCUUCUCUCCCUCAUCCCUUCAUACCUCCACUUCCUCCUCCUCUUCUGUUCCUUGCCCUCACUCCCAGUUUAAAACCUGUAGACAGAGGCCACCAGUCAAAACCAGCACAGAUGUUCUGAACUGUUCUGUGGCCCCUCUUUGUGUAAAUUCCUUUUGCCGUAACGGAUGCAGUGGAAUAAUAAUGUUUACAGGUACCAACCCCAA